CUACUGCUACUACAACAAAUCCUACCACAACAACAACAACUACUACUACUAUGACUACUACGACUACAACUGAACCCUCUACCACCACUCAUACUCUUAGGAACGCUGCUGGUGGUAAUACUACCACAAGAAAGACAACUGCAUGGACCGAAAUCCUGAGAAUCCCCAACACUUCUUUAAUUACAGCAUCAACAACUACUUCGACUUCUAUUUCAGACAAAACCCUUUCAGCUACUACAACCAAAGCUAAGCCUAGUACAGUCAGUACAACAACAACAACAACAACAACAGCAAAUACCAAAGCAUUGUCCUCAGAGAGGGUGGGAACUGGCCUCGCUGACCCCAAAGAAAAUACAGAUCCUGGGGUUCCAAGCCACAGUCGACCCUCAACUGACUGGAAAAACCCCGGAGCUAACUCCAUACCAGAUUCACACCGCAGCAGGUCUCACUGGUCGUCAUCCUCGUCACUCUCUGUCACUCCUGUGGCUGCUGUUGCAAGAUCGAGACCAAAGAUUGCAGACCCCCACAUCAGGACGGUGUCAUUUCCAGCGGAGGGUACAGCCAGGUUAUCCUGUGAAGCUCAGGGGGAGCCAAAACCUUCCAUCACAUGGACCAAGGUUGCAACAGGAGCGGUGAUGUCAGUCCACUCCAGGGCUCAGCGUUAUGAGGUCCUGCAAAAUGGCACACUUGUUAUCCAGAAUGUUCAGCAGCAGGACCGGGGCACAUACAUCUGCAGCGCACAGAGCUACCUGGGCCGUGACAGAUUGCUAACUACCCUUGAAGUUUGGACCCGCCCCCCUCGUAUGAAGCUUCCCAGUUACAGAGAGUCUACCAUUCAUCAGGGGGGAGAGGUGCACUUCGAGUGCCAAGCGGAGGGUAUCCCCACACCUCUGCUCUCAUGGGUUCUGCCCGAUCGUUCCGUUGUAACCUCUGAGCGCUCCACCAAUCGGAUCAAAAUGGAUACGAAUGGAACCCUUCACAUCUCAGUGACCUUACCGAGCGACCGAGGAGUGUACCGCUGUGUGGCAUCUAACUCAGCAGGUGCUGCCAGUGCCUCCGUGCGAGUCCAUGUGUCCUCGUUGCCCCCAGUGAUACAGCAGCCCAGAGAGGAGCACCUGCUGUUGUCUCCAGGGAGGCCUGUUUAUGCACACUGCUCUGCCCGAGGCGCCCCGCCACCAACUCUACGAUGGAGAAUCCCAGAUGGGACCCUCGUUCGGCCAUCACAGUUCCUCCAUGGCAACCUUUUUGUCCUGCCCAAUGGGACACUGCAUAUCAGGAAAAUUGGGCCAAAGGACACAGGGAGAUAUGAGUGUUCAGCAAGUAACGCUGUUGGGGCUGAUAAGAGAACAGUGAAGGUUGAAAUUAAAGAGGAAGGACCAGCAAGAUCCGAGGUGGCAAAAACUGUUGCAACUGAAAAGCCAUCUUCUUCAUGGUUAUUCAAUAAAGACAAAAAUCUGAAUGCUCCUACACGCCACACAGAUCCACUCAGCUCUUCUAAAUUCUCCCCACCAUCUGUUCAUGACAGAUCUAGGACCUUCAUCUCCAGCACGUCCCACUCCUCUUUUCAUCCUCAUCAGCCCAAUUCUUCGAACUCAUCUUCUAAAAUCAACAAAGCCCCCACUGCAUCCCCCACACUCUUUACCAACAUCAAAAAAACAAAUCCUUCCUCUUCUUUCCCAUCCUCCCCCGUGCCAACAAACAACACCGGAGUGUCACCCAGUACAAACAACACAGGAGGGACUACGUCUUUCUCAGCAGACAGAAGAAUCCCAGCUGUUUUGCAUCCAUGGCCUGUCUCCCCUUUCACCAAGGCCCGUAUCGUCUCAUCAUCACCCUCCAUUUCUGCUGUCCACUAUGGGGGGACUUUACAGCUUCACUGCUCUGUAAAUGGCAACCCUGCCCCCAUCAUUAUCUGGAGGACACCCAGUAGGAAACUUGUGGAUGUGCACUUGAGUUUUGAUCGACGAAUGAAGGUGCAUCCAAACGGCACUCUAUCAGUCCAGUCAGUCACAGACAAGGAUGCAGGAGACUACCUCUGUAUUGCCCGCAACAAGGUGUCCGAUGAUUAUCGCCUGCUUCGCGUCUCAGUGGCUACCAAGCCUGCCAAGAUUGAGCCAAAACAACCACUCAAUCAGAUGGUGUCAUUUGGUAAACCGUUAAAGGUGGACUGCCAGGCAUCGGGACUGCCGGACCCAGCUGUUCGCUGGAGCUUACCAGAUGGGACCAUGGUGAACAGCGUGCUGCACGGGGAAGACAGAGGAGGCCGAGCACGGCGGCUAACUGUGUUUGACAAUGGGACUUUACUGGUUCCAGCUGUGGGCUUGAGAGAAGAAGGGGAGUAUACAUGCUAUGCUGAGAAUCAAGGCGGUCAAGACAGCAUGAAGGUCAAAGUGAAGGUCAUGAUGACGUCUCCACCAAGCUUCACUGACAACAGAGCCUAUCAUGUCCUCAAAGUACAUCAGGGGACAACGGCCAAAAUCUCCUGCCAGGCCACCGGAGAUCCUCCCCCAACGGUGACGUGGUUUUCCCCAGCGAACCGCGUCAUCCCACGGAGUUCGGGAUCUGGUUAUUAUUCUGAGCGGGUUGUGGUCGUUUCAGGUGGAACUCUAGAGAUCCGCCAGGCGCAAAGGAUCGACACAGGAAACUAUACAUGCAGGGCAAGCAACACAGCUGGGGGGCGGAGCAUGAUCGUUAGCCUGGAAGUAGAGGCUCCUACCUAUGGAAUGAGUGCUAACAAUGGGCAUGGCAGCAGCGGUGGUGUUGAUAGCAGGAUAAUAAACUCUGUACCAAACACUGCUGUUAACUCAGCUAUCAGCAGCUCUAAUCCUGGUCUCAGGACUGAUGGUCAAAAUGGAUUUAACAGGCCUGUCGGUGGAAUCUCGACACAAACGGGCCGCGGUAUAUCCAGUGCUGGGGUGAGCGGAGGAAAUGUAGGCAUAAGAGCAGAUGAUAUUGGAACAACUAGAAAUGGAGCUGGCAUCUCAAGUACUAGUAACAGUGCGGCUAACAGUCCCAGCACAGUUCGAGGAGAUGGUGUCGAACGGAAUCCUGGGACCUAUAAUAAUGAAGUCAUUGCAGGGAGAGGUAGAAAUGAUGCAAACUCCAACACAGCCCAGGCUUGGUUAAGUGGCAUUUCAAGAAAUAUUGGGGGCUCUAGUAGCAGUGUGUCGAGCAGCAGAGGUGGCACAAACAUUAGUAGAGAAAAUGGUUUUAGUGGGAGCAAUAAUCUCGGAGGGACUAAUGAGAACAUAAGAAGCAGAGGUGUUUCAAUCAGCAAUACGGGAAGGCAAAACGCUACCAGUACAGUUCUGGGUGCGGUGACGACAGUGAAGCUGCAGGCUGUUAAAGGUCAGACUGUUCUUUUGCCAUGUCCCUCCCAAGGCUCCCCUCCACCCCGGCUGGCCUGGCUACUCCCUGGUAACGGCAUGUUGCCAGCUCCCUACUAUGGCAGCAGACUCACCGUGCACCGAAAUGGCUCCUUGGAGUUGAGGGGUGUGAGGGGGAGUGAUGCUGGGACUUUGGUUUGUGUCGUGAAAACAGAGAGAGAAGAGAGGACGAUACGGGUAGAGCUGGAGGUCUCAGAGCCACAGGUGGAGGCUCGAUCGCCACACUGGGGACCGAAUGUGGAGAAACCUGUGCCAAGAACACCUGGUUUAGUUGAGACACCUCAGACAGGAAGUUCAUCAGAUUUAGCUGUGUCCCUCAGCUCAAGGCCAGUGUCGCCUAUAGUGCUCCAGCCAAGAAAUCCCGUCACUCAAAAUCCCCUGCAGAGAGGCGUAGGUUUGCCAGCAGCUCCUCGCCAAGCAGCUCUUCCACCCUUCAAAGGCCCUAACUCAGAGCCAGCAGUCAGCGCCCGAACAGCGCCUUUGGUGAGCAUCAUUAAUGGAGAAACCCUUCGCUUGCCUUGUCCUACUGCUCAAACCCCCGGACACAGCCAGGGCUCUCUCAUUUGGACCAUGCCCAGUGGCAAGGUGCUGUCCAGGGGGGAGAGUGGCGACUCAGGCCGUUACUCAGUCCAAGAAGACGGAACACUAACGGUGCAGCAGGCCUCGGUGUUCGACCGGGGCAGCUACACCUGCCGGUCCACCUCUUCCGACUCCUCCUCGCCUUCAGUCCUCACAGUUCCUGUCAUUGUUAUUGCCUACCCUCCACGCAUCACGAAAGGCCCCGCCCCCGUGACCUACACCCGCCCUGGUGUCGCUGUGGAGUUGCCCUGUCUGACAAUAGCAACACCGCGGGCAACAGUAACAUGGGAAACACCAGACCUGACACAGCUGAGGGUGAUGGGUCAGCCUCGGAUUUAUGGCAACCGCUAUCUUAGUCCUCAGGGCUCCCUGGUGAUACAGAACCCCAGUGGGAGAGACACAGGAUUUUACAGAUGCACCGCCAAAAAUGUGAUCGGAGUGGACACCAAGGCAACCUACCUGCACGUUAUAUAAUGAAACACACACACACACACACAUGCACACACACGCACACAAAUCCAAAAGAGACUCCUCCAGUCUUUGAACUUGUGAAUGACCUCUUUUUCUGUUAAGACCAUGUGUCCCUCAUGCCCAAAGGAACUGCAAAGCUCUGUGCAGCAGACACUGCUUCAUCUCAGAAAGGACACUGCUAAACUAAAAUCUGCAACGUAAUUCUCAUGUAUAUAUUUCAGUGUAUGACUUUGUUGUUGAUACUGUGUAUUUUUUCAUGUCAGGAAUUAAGAAGACCCCCCUUUGCCUGUUUUUAUUUUCCAAAAACAGUGUUGUGCAUUUUACUCUGCAUGAGACAAUUAACUUGUGUUAAACAAGAGGUUUUUAAAGCAGGUGGAGCCACACGCUUACCUUGACGUGCCUUGGUUUUGUGAAACCUUCUCUGAACUGAUAUGCAUCACAUGAUUGUGGCAUUGAUGCGAAUGCACAUGUAAUUAUCAGUGAUUAUUUUUCAAGGCUGAAUCAACAGCUGAUUUUUCAGUUGCAAAUGUUUCCCUGGCCUGGUCAAUUUUCAAUUGUUGAGAACUGUGCUUGUGUUGAACAACACAGUAGAACUUAUGAUUCUGAAUAUAAACCAAGCAAUGGCUGAUCCCAACAAUCCAGACCGUUUGUAUUUAUGUGUAAAAAGCUCUAAGAUUGUAUCCCUUAUGUGAAGGAUUCUUUGAUCAGUGUACUUAUUUGCACGACUUCAAACUAUGUUUUUUUUUAACUUAGUAAUCUAAAACCUCAAUAAGGGUGCUUUGUCUUUAUUUACCUCUAUACUAAACAUUUCAACAGUUAAACUGAAGUCUGUGAAUAUGAAAUAUAUAGAGAGGGUGCAAUUUGUGAAGAAACCAGUGGGACAUAAGUCAGAUAAGUGGAUUUAAAAGUAUUUAUUUUCAAAAAGACCCUUUUUAGAAGUCAAUAUAAUGCUAAAGAAAUGAUGGCAAAUUAAAAUGAUAAACUAAGCUACAGUGAAGUGAUACAUGCAUACGGAGCUUUUCAAUGGCUCCGCAUGCAUAUCUAUAUACAUGGAAGGCUUCCAUCAUUUAUUUAUUUUACCACGUUUCUGGUAGCAGGCAAGACAGUUGCAGGCCUAAAAGUAUGUACAUAUCUGACAUUCAGUUUCAAAAAGCUUGGAAAAGAUUAGUCUACAAAAUAUAUUUCAGCAAAACAAAAACCUUCCAACAGCUGUUACUGACAAGAUCUUUUAAUUUGAAAUUCCUUUGGAAGACUGAUAUCAGCCAAAAUUGUCCUCUGGGCAUGAGACAACGCUGAGUCUGAUCCGUUACUCUUGAUAUGUGAUACGUAGUCUGCAAAGCUGAUUCACUUGGAUUUUGAAAUACGUUCAUUUGAUGCAUUUUGUCUGGUCUGCUGGUGGACUGGCCUAAUCAUCAUGUGAUGGAUAGAUAGAUUAGAACAAUAGAUUUCAGCUCAACAAACCUCCUCUGGCAAAUUGCACCCUUAAUAUAUACAUUUCUGUAUCUUACUUCAGACAACAGAUAACCUACCACAAAGCUGUCUGUAAUUCACAGCCUGCAGACAAUCUAAUGUCACAUCACAUAUUUCUGGCUUCGUGAUGUGUUUAUUCAUAAAAUAGAUUUUUUUUUCAUUUUUCAGACAUUGCAAAAUCAAAAGUAUACUCUGUAUAAAAAUGUCAUUUUGAUAUUGACCUAAUUUAUGUUUGCAUUGUUAUUGACAUAUUGGAUUUUCUAUUGUGGUGUUUGGUUGCAAAUAUCGAAAACUAAUAUCAGUAUUUUGCAAUUUGAUGAGGAUUUCUGCAUCACAGUCUGUCCUAACAUAAGCCUUUUCUCUGACUCAUUUUGUGUUCCAUUGUAUGUUUAUUCUUUGAUACCAUGAUGAACAGCGUACCACUGACUGUAUCUCACAUUCUCUGCACAUAAGUAAGGCACACUUUAGGUACAAAGCAUUCAUGUCGUCAAUUCAUCAAAGGGUUAUUUUUUUUGGAUAAUAAAGAUUGUAUAAAUGUGUUCCUGUGUGCUUUUAGAGUCUGUCUUUAGCCUAUGCGACAGAGUUAGUAGUUCACAUGGGUUUCCUUAAACUGCUAAUGUCGUCAUUAUCCCUAAAUUAUUCGUCUUUUAAAGACUGCUGUAAUAGUGUCAGUUUUGUUUUUGGAAUAAUGGGUGGAAUAACGAAUAAUAUUAUAUGUUUGAUGUGUCAUUAGCCAACGAAGACUGCUUGUUAUAUUGUUAACAGCUUCAAGUCACGA